UCACAUUCGAAAUGGUUUCUUAAAAACAAUAACUGAUGGAAAUUCACGGUUUAUGCGUGGCAGAUUUCGCGCAUAUAAAAGCGGUAUUUCUUCGUGAGAACGGCCGGAGCUUGAGUAAAAAAGAAAAAUAUACAAUAGAAACGCUCGUUAAAAGAAGUAUAAAAUGGCGACGGUUUCUGAGAAAGCGUUUCAUUGAAAUUGAAGAUUAAAUUUUAAAUUUCGCCAAAGCUUGCGGAAAACGUAUAUGUAAAAAGCACAGAGACGAAUGGAAACUCAAUUUCGUAUACAUUUAUUGAGUCACAAAAAGAAGGACGACGUCGAUGUAAUUUUGCAGCAAAGGGCAAUUACAAUAAUGAAAAUUAUGAAUUUACUUAAUGGCAUAAUUACGCUAGAUCGACAUUCGAUCCACAGAGCUGCAUAUAUCGCGUUUGUCGCGCAAUAUCAAACUGUAAAUCGAGCUCUGAGAAAUCUCUGAGAUGAUGUAACAUAGAAAUUAAUCACUCGUUAAUAACUUCGACCUCGUAUACAGUAACCUUGAAAAUUUACUCCUUUUCGUUUACAACAACAGCUCGUGUCCCUUAUUCAAGUUCGAUAUAUAUAUAUCGAGAGGAAAAUAAGGCAAACUCUCGCGCACCUAGCAUAUAGUCAGCCAUUUUAUACGUCUCCACACUCCUAUAUAUAUAUAUAUAUAUAUAUACAUCGCAUACGUACAGUUCGAAAAGGCUUUUAAAACAAAAUGACGGUAUCCGGUAGGGCAUAUAUACAUAUACACUCUGCAGCGCAGCGUCUCACCUUACCCGCGGCAAAUUACACCCUCGGCUCUCGCGCGAAUAACGAGAAGAAGAAGAAAAAAUCAAGCAUCGUCGCAGCUGGCCCAGCUCGAGAGCUUUUAUUAAUUUCCGCCGUCUCUCUCUCUCUCUCUCUCUCUCUGCAGUGUAUAUAUAUAUAUAUAUAGCGAGAAAAGAGCAGCGCAGUGUAUAAGCCCGAGCCCCGCGGGAUUAAGAAAGAAUCCAAUUUCAGAACUCGCGAAAGGAUGCAGCAUAUAUAUAUAUAUAUAUGUAGACGAAAUUUCAACCGGGCGGCAACAAAGAAGAGGCGCACUCUAUGUAUAUACUUGAGCCCCUCGAGAAACACACAACGUCAUGCGUGGGCCCAUAGCGCACGGAGAGAUCGAUCAAAAUAUACACACGCUUCCAUUGUGUAUAUAUAUAAACCUAGACGAGUGUGAUGCAGGUAAAAUGGAAUAAAAUAGCCACGCACGCACACACACACACACACCGUAGUCUAUUCUGUUCGGGGAUCAAGUCAGUCCGUAUAAUAGACUGUAGUAGCAUCGGAGAAUAAUCGGGAUCGUUACGCGGCCGAAAAGUGUUUUGACUGCGGGACGAGAGCGAGAGAUGAUCGUCUGCGGCGGUUCCGCGGAGAGAGAGAGAGAGAUAAGAUAAUCGCGCACAAUAGCGGCGACAAAGGAAAUUCGUGGUAUACCUAUAUAAGUAUAGUAUAGAGGAGAAGGACGAUGACUAUGUGCUCUGCUGCUAUGGGUGACACCGUGCGUAUAUAUAUAUCGAAGUCUCCGAUCGCGGUCCCCCGGAGUAUUACGGGGCAGAAAUCGCAGCUCGGCUUUAUAUACGCUGAAUCGAGAUCGAAUAUUGGCCGGAUCGAGAUAGGGCCGAUCGACGUGCCCCGAAAAUAACGAAUUCCUAUAUAUAUAUAGGCGCGGUGUACAGGGCGACUCGUUAUAGCCUAAUUAUAAUCGGGCGAUCGGCCGCGAGCCAUGUGAGCCUGUGUCCAGUGUAUAAACGUAAUACCGCGACGCGUUGAUUAUUACAUACAUACAUACAUAUAUAUAUAUAUACGGAGCUUUGAUCCGCGGAGAGAUUCGCCGGAGGGCCGCGCCGCCAGCGGGUAAUUGUAAUUAUACGCGCGCACAGCUACCCGAUUUCGACGACUGUAUACGUGUAUCCUAUCGAGAUACAACGCGAUGAGGGCAGUUUAUGAAUGGGAGUAUAAUAUAUAUAUACAGAGAGAAUAAAGUAGGCGCGCGCGUGGACGAGUAUAGCGCAAGCUCGCGCGCGUUAGUGGGUUUAUGGAAGCAAGCCGGUUUUAGCCAGGCUAAUAGCAUAGUAAUGCUGGCUGAUCUUUUCGGAAUCCCGUAAGAGCAUUAGCCGUUCGCACGUGAGCAAGUUAAAUUGCUAUGUUGCGGCGGCGUCGGGACGCCGGCGCUGCUGCUGCAGCUCUCUCUCACUCUCUCUCUGCGCGCAAGCGAAACAAAGAUGUCGACUCUCUCUCACUCUCAUAUAUGUACCUCUAUGUGCACACCUCCAUCUAUACGCGUGUGUGCGUAUACAAAUGAAAAAGCGACGCGCCAAUAAAUUCGGCGGCGGCGGCGUCGCGGCGUAGCUAUAUAUAGUCCCUCACUCUCGCUCGCUCUCGGCGGUUUGUUUCCGGGGCGCGCGAGCCAUCGCUGUGCUGCCAUUGGCGCCCCACCCUGGCCAGUGCCGCUCCCAGGACCGCCCGCUUCCGCUCACGGAUUCGCGCAGCUGCCGACCCCCCCCCCUCUCUCUCUCUCUCUCUCGCUCACUCUCUCUCUCUCUCCGACUUCGACAGCAGCGCGCGCGCGGAACAAACGAGCCAGCCGAGAGAGAGAGCUAUGCUGCCAGCAGCGCAGCUCCGUGUGUGCGAGCGGGGCUGAAAGUAGCUCGCUAACUAUCGUGCGCGCAGCUCUUCGUCUCUCUAGCGCGCGAGAUAUACUCUUUUUCCUCCUCAGCUAUAAGUGUGCAGUGCAUUAAGUACCUAAGUUUUCGUGCCUCGAACAUCCUCGUCGUCAUCGCCGUCUCCCGAUGCCUGCGACGCUGCCGGGAUCGACGAGCCUCCUCCGCGGGACUCAUCUGGGUUGAGCAGCGAGUCAUAUAUGUGGCCGAACAGCCUGGGGGGCGGCGCGGGCUGCGGCGGUGCUUCGGCGGCGGCGGCGGCGGCGACCGAGUUGGCCGCGGCCGCGGCCGCUGCCUCCAGCAGCUCGGCUACGGACCUCUUCGGACCGGCCGGAGCUUUCGGACCCACGGCUACGGGGCCUUACGGGCCCCUCAAGACCAGUCCGUACGUCGGCGCGCUGGGGAUGCCGCCGAUCGAGGCGCUGCACUCCAGCAUCGGGUACCCCGGCUGUGCGCCCGCCGGUGAGUCCUACUACUGGUGCGCAGGUAACCCCCGCAAGCAGCGCCGCGAGCGGACGACCUUCACCAGGGCCCAGCUGGACGUCCUCGAGGGCCUCUUCUCGAAGACGAGGUACCCCGACAUCUUCAUGCGCGAGGAGGUGGCCUUGAAGAUCAACCUGCCCGAGUCGAGAGUCCAGGUCUGGUUCAAGAAUCGCCGGGCCAAGUGCCGCCAGCAGCAGAAGCAGCAGCAGCAGCAACAGCAACAGCAGCAGCAGCAGCAGCAACAGGACAAGUCGUCGAGGACGAGCAAGAAGCUUCAGCCGAGCAAUCCCAACGGAGCCGUGAGCGGUAACCCACCGCCGGGUAAAAGCCCCUCGAUAGCCACGACCCCGACGGCUGCCGCCACUGCGGCCGCCGUACCCGCCACUACGCCUCUGAGCGGCGGAACGGCCGGUUCGGCGGCGAGCAGUCCAGCUCUCCUGCGGGACUCGCCCCAGUACAAGUCAGCAUCGGCCGGCGGUGCCAGCAGCAGUCUACUGUUAGCCGCCAGUACGACGCCGCCCAGCCAGCUAGGGGGUACGGUCUACAGCAGCGGCGGCAGCAGUAGCAGCAUCUGGAGCCCGGCGGUGACCGAGAGCGGAGCCGCUGGAAACGGCGCUGGUGCUGCUGGUUUUCCCGGGAGCGAACACCAGAGACUGGCCGCCUGGGCGACGACGAGCAGCCAGCAGCAGUGCUACCAGAACUACAGCUCGUACUACAGCAACAUGGACUACCUCUCGCCCACGAGCCAUCAGCUGAACGUCGUGGUCGGUACUCGCAGUGCUAGUAGUAGUUGCGAAUUUUCGGAAAGCGGAGGAGCGAACGGCCUGGACAACGCCUGGCCUCGGACGAGGGACGAAAGCGCCUCCUCGUGGUUCUACAACAGCGCCGGCUGGGGCGAGCGCAAGUGAGUGGCUUCGUCAACAUCUGUACGUCAACCUCUACUACAACUGCAGCAGCAGCUAUCGAUCUGACCUUUUAUUUCUCACUUUGCAAUACCCGCGACUAGUCACUUCAGGCGCGCGUCAUCUCUAACUUUUACUACUCGACCCCACCUAUAAUUGUGUGUGUGUAUGUGUGUAUGAGUAUACGUGCGAUUGUAAGAAACGCCUGCGUCCGUGUCGGCAGAGAGGGUGUAAUGUUCGCGUAUUAUCGCCCUUAUCGAAUUAUACGAGCUGCGGCAUAUUGUGUAUUCGUAUGUAUGUGAGAGAAUACGGGAUAGAGCGCGUGACGAGCUGUCAGAAAUUAAGAAGGAUCGUGUAAAUAGUAUAUGAUACAUUAACGGUAUUAUAUGACGUGUAGGACCUAAGGCAAAGAGCAGCUGUAUUUUGUGUACAUAAUAUACAAAAAGUUGCGACGCGCGCAUAUAUACUAUAUUAUUACUAUUAACAUUAAUUAAUAAUUAUUGAUAUUAUUACACACACACACACACACACCGCGAGAGCUGAACAUCGAGCGACGAUUUGUACAUAUAUCUAGUGUUGUGUCAUACGGAGUAUAACGAGAGCAACGAUCGCAGAGUAUAAAUCCCAUCGCCCUCUACAUACUAUAUGUAUUAUUGUAUUUUUAAGUAUUAUACAGCCGCGGUAUUAAUACACGAUUAAUUAACGACACACAUAUCAAUUGGCAAUCAGCUAUACUCUGAUAUCGCGUCUAUCUAAAUUACAACAUUAUAUUCUCGUAUAGUCGAAGGAACGUUUAUACACAUCAGAGUUUUCUAAGAUGAGCCACACACACACACACACACACAUGCAUAUCCCCGUUAUGAGUUUGUUACACAUUGUUAUCGCGACGAACGAAAAGAAUAUACAUAAGUUAAGCGAUGUAUAUGAAACACCGAACAUCGAGUGGUUCGGUGCAGUAAAUGUAUAUGCAAGUGCGCGAGCUGAACUGGGUCACACACAUAUACUUAUGAGGAAGAUGGAGAAGUCGAUUUGUGCAGCCGUCGCCGCCAGAGACACACUGCCGGGAACGUGUAUCCCGAUUUUUUUUCUCACGUAUACUUAUAAGUACAUCAACAUUCCGAGAGCGACGCAAAACAAGUGAUGAAAAUAUCGACAAUUUGUGCGCGCGCGCUUGUGUGUGUGUGUGUGUGUGCGUGUGCGAUUAAGUACGCGAUGGAUAUCGAGGAGAAACGAUUAACUAUGUGCAUAUACAUUGACGAGAUUAUGGCGCGAGAUGCGAGCGGACGAGAAAGUGAUUAUAUAUAUAAAUAUAUACAUAUACAUUAUACAUACAAUGAUAUCAGUAUAAGAUCUCUAGAACUGUAAGUACGUGACUGUUUAGAUUGUUAUUAUAUAAAAAGAAGAAGAAGAAGAAGAAGAAGAAGAAGUGAGAGAAAGCAGAGUGGUAGAUAAACGCAUCGGUAUAAUAUUAUACAUAUACAUCUAACGAUAUAUGCAUAUGCGCGAGAGAAUUGCUGAAUUGAAUUACGUGUCAUAAUAAAUAAACAUAUGAAAUAUUAAACGAA